AUGGACAAUUAUAAUAGGAAUGUACUCCUUGUAAAUGAUAGAGACGAGAUAAUUGGCAUUGGAAAGGCACUUAGAACCCAUUUCAGGAAAUAUUUGGCGCUUCACAGGGCCUUCAGUGUGUUUUUAUUCAACUCAAAAAACAAGCUUCUGGUUCAAAAGAGAGCGCCAGGAAAGCUUCUCUUUCCGAAUAGAUGGACAAACAGCGUUUGCUCCCACCCAUUUGCCAACGAACUUUCUUUCUGUGACCCUUUGCUUGACGUAAAGAUCCAUGCGGCCAGACGAAUUGACUACGAAUUGGGGAUAGGAGGCAUAACUGUAGACGAUUUAAAAUUUGUCUGCCGCAUUAUAUACAAAGCCAGUCCUAUUGAAAAGUAUAGUAGAAUCUUGCCUGGUGUUCCGAUAGCGCAGAAAGUUGCCACUCUUGCAGACCCUCAGAACCUUAGCGGCCCUUAUUUCUCAGAUGAUUUCUGUGAAUGGGAGGUCGAUUACAUUAUCUUUGCAGUGUCUGACGUUCCUCCCCGUCCCAAUCCUAACGAAGUUUCAGAAACAAGGUAUGUUUGCAAGAAAGAGCUUCAGAAGUUAGUUGCAGAAAAUCUUGUGUCUCCUUGGUUGGAUGAGAUAUCGAAGCAUAUGGACAUAUUUGAUAUCAAAGAAUUGUAUUUUUCAUCCAACUCCUAG